GGGUUUCCGUGUUUACGCAGUCGAGUCUGUGGCCGCUGCUCGCAGUUCAGUGUUUGCGAAGGAGAGCGAGCGGUCAUGGCUUCUCUAAAGACUCAAGAACGGACUAAAGAGAGGUUCUCUCUCUUGUUGCUGGAUUUGGAGGAAUAUUAUUUUGAACAGCACACGGCCUACCACGUCACAAGCACUUCAAAAAAGGAGAGAAAAAUCAGAGGGUCGUUUAAAGUCUGUUCCAGAUCCAUCAUAUUUGAUCCAGAGGAUCCCUCAGAACCAAUUCUAAAGAUUCCUCUUCGAGAUUGCAAGAAGAUUGAGUUUGUGGAGGAAGAGAACAACCCGUUCAAUGACCCUCGGCCAUCAGCCAUCUCCAUUUUAUGCGGGCAGGUUAUUUACAUCAAAGAAAGCAACAUGAUCGCGCCGUACAGAAACGAGAGGGGAACAACAAAGAUAAGCUUUCAGCUGGAAGUUUGGAGUAAAACAGAAGACGUCGUCCAAACGUUACAUCAGCUCCACAGAGCGUCCUGUCUAGAAAAACUCGGAGACCAGACUGCAAUGAUUGCAGCUAAUCUACAGUCUCGACUUGCGAGGUCAUCGUUUGAUAAAAACUGCUUUCAGAACGUGACUGAGAAGCCCCACAUGGAGUGUGAAGUGGAGAUGGUGACACCUCUGGUGUCCAACCCAGGCCACGUCUGUGUAACAGAUGAAAGCCUUUACUUCCAGCCGCUGAACGGAUAUCCGAAACACGUGAUUCAAAUCAAACUCCACCGAAUCAGGAGAAUCUACAAAAGGCGACAUUGUCUCAGACCACUGGGUCUGGAGGUGUUCUGCUCUGAGAACGAGCUCUGCUCCGACAUCUACCUGAAGUUUUACUGCACAGCAGACAGAGAUGAAAUCUACUACUACAUCGCCACUUUCCUUGAAAACCACAUGACGGAGCACACAGCAGAGAGCUACAUGCUGCAGUGGCAGCGAGGUCAUCUGAGUAACUACGAAUAUCUCCUCCACCUCAACAACCUGGCCGACCGCAGCUGCAACGACCUCUCCCAGUAUCCCAUCUUCCCCUGGGUCAUCGCUGAUUACAGCAGCGCACAGUUAGAUAUGACAAACGCUGCCACGUUCAGAGACCUCAGCAAACCUGUUGGGGCCCUGAACAAAGAGCGGCUGGACAGACUAUUGGCUCGCUACAGAGGCAUGCCAGAACCUCGCUUCAUGUACGGCAGUCACUACUCGUCUCCAGGCUACGUCCUCUUUUACCUGGUCAGAGUUGCUCCCGAGCACAUGCUGUGUCUCCAGAACGGACGCUACGACCACGCAGAUCGCAUGUUCAACAGCAUCGGUGAAACAUGGAAAAACUGCUUAGAAGGAGCGACCGACUUUAAAGAGCUCAUUCCAGAGUUUUAUGGGACCGACUGCAGCUUCUUAGAAAACAAGAUGAGUCUGGAUUUGGGCAGAAGACAGAACGGAAGCUCAGUCAGCGAAGUCGUUCUACCACCGUGGGCUUCAGAUGCUAGUGAUUUUCUACAGAAGCACAAGACUGCACUGGAGAGUCAGUUUGUGUCGGAGCACCUUCACGAGUGGAUUGAUCUGGUGUUUGGUUACAAACAGAGAGGCAGUGAAGCUGUGGCAGCUCAUAAUGUAUUUCACCCUCUGACCUAUGAAGGCGGCAUCGACUGUGACAGCAUCGAGGACCCCGACGAGAGAAUCGCCAUGUUGACGCAGAUCCUGGAGUUUGGCCAGACGCCCACACAGCUCUUCAGCAGCCCUCACCCUCAGAGGAUCACGCCACGCUUUCACAACAUCACUCGCAGCUCCAGCAUCACCUCACCCAUCAGUGAGCUGUCCCCAACCUUUCAGAGCGAGGACUCGUCCUUCGAGGACCUGACUGAGGAGAGCAGGAAGUUGGCCUGGGCGAACAUGGGAAACCUGACACGGGUCUCCAGCCACAAGAUCCAUAAAGAAGCCGUGACGGGCAUCGCUGUGACCAGAGAUGGAACAGCUAUUUUCUCCACAUCACAAGACUCAACUCUUAAGAUGUUCUCCAAGGAGCUGAAGGAGUUCCAGAGAAGCAUGUCCUUCUCUAACAUGGCCUUGUCGUCAUGUUUGAUGCUGGCCGACGGUAAAACCGUGGCAUGUUCUUCAUGGGACAACAAUGUUUAUUUCUACUCCAUCCCGUACGGCAGGCGGCAGGACACGCUGAUGGGUCAUGACGAUGCGGUCACUCAACUGUGUUGGUUUGAUGACCAGUUGUACACGGCAUCAUGGGAUUCUACUGUCAAAGUUUGGCAAUGUACAUGUGACAGUUCCUCCACUCACAAGAGAUCCCAGUUCCAGCUACAGGCCGAGCUGGAGCACGAGACGGGGGUAAACACCAUUAGUCUAAAUCCGACUGGGACUCUGCUGGCGUCUGGCUGUAAAGAUGGAACCGUCACCAUCUGGGAUACGAGCAGCUACGAGACACUGCAGCAAGUCCACUGCCACACUGGAACCAUCCACAGCACUGCUUUCAGCCCCGACAGUCGACAUGUUCUCAGCGUCGGUGCCGACUCCUGUAUGAAGGUUAUUGACGUCCAGACAGGAAUGGUGAUCUCCUCUGUGAAAUCUGAGGAGGAGCAAAGGUGUUUCUGCUGGGACGGGAACUCAGUGCUGUGUGGAGGAAGGUCAGGUGACCUCCUGCUGUGGGACCUGCUCAGCAACACAGUGACCAAAAGGAUCUCUGCUGCACAUGCAGGUGCUGUCACAGCAAUGUGGAUGAAUGAUUUGUGCAGCACGGUGAUCACAGGGGGAGAGGACAGGCAGCUCAUCUUCUGGAAGCUCCAGAGCUAAAGAGCAGGGUUUUUUUUUUUUUGCACAAAUCUACGAUGGAAACUAAGCGGAACAUACGAGGCCAAGUAUCCUGACUUUGAACAGACUCAUGAGAGUGUGUGUGAAUCACACACUGACCAUGUAUCACAGAGCAAACAUCUCAACUGCUCUUCAUUACAAAACCAAAUAUAAGUCACCAGUUCUGUCUGCAUAUUGAGAGGAAAAGUCCAAUUGCAUGAGAGAAGUAAAAGGUGCCUUAUUUUCAGCCUAUUUUAUUUUCUGUGGGUCAUUUUUAUUAAGUUUUAUUAUUUGCAUUGUAUAUAUAUAUUUUGUUUUUUUAAAUUAGCGACAGUGUUUCUAUAGUUGUAUGUAUUUUGUGCGUGUGGCCUCACGUUAAGAGUUAAAAAGUUUACUUCUAAAAAUACUCUUUCCUGUUUCCUGUUUUUUUUUUUUUUUUUUCCAGUUUCAGACGCCUCAGAGAUUCCUACAGAGACUGAUUGUUUCCUCAAUGCUCAGAGACCAAAGUAUGAAAAAACAGUGUUAACUAGUGAAUUGUUUGUCGCAUAGAAAUAAACCCGGACAUCUUUUACCAAGUGGAGCACAGGAAAAUAAGCAAAAUAAAAGCAUGAAAGGAAG